AUGUUGUCCAAGUCUUUCGUUGCCCUGUCCCUUCUCUCGUCGUCGGUGUCGGCCGAGACUGUGCUGGGAGUUUAUAUGUUCCACAGACAUGGAGAUCGCACACCCAAGGCUCUUGCUCCUGCCAACCUGACCGACCUGGGUUACGCGCAGGUCUACAACUCUGGUGACUACUACCGUAGUCGCUACAUCGACUCGGAGGCCGACCACAGAAUCUUGGGCAUCAACUCCGAUAUCGUCAAGCAAUCGCAGAUUGCUGCUUCCGCUCCUUCUGAUACUGGUAUGUUACAUAUCUCCGAGGAGAAAGACAGCGAGCAGUUUCUCUGA